GCAGCCGUCCGCAACGACCGGAACAAGAAGAAGAAGGACGUGCCCAAGCCGGAGUGUUCGGAGAGCUACAUCAUCACGCCCGAGGUGGAGGAGCUCAUCGAGAAGGUGCGCAAGGCCCACCAGGAGACCUUCCCCGCCCUCUGCCAGCUUGGCAAAUACACUACGAACAACAGCUCGGAGCAGCGGGUCUCCCUGGACAUCGACCUGUGGGACAAGUUCAGCGAGUUGUCCACCAAGUGCAUCAUCAAGACGGUGGAGUUUGCCAAGCAGCUCCCCGGCUUCACCACGCUCACCAUCGCUGACCAGAUCACCCUCCUCAAAGCCGCCUGCCUCGACAUCCUGCUGAACACGGGGUUUCUUGGCAGCCAGACAGAAGAUAAAACUGCCAACACCGAGCACGGUGUGGAGACAAGUCUGCACAAACCUCCGUGA